AUGGCAUCUGCAAAGGGCUCUUCCGCAACGACCGCGGAUUGUGUGUACAGUCUUGAUGUCCACACCCUCAAACAUAUAUUUAACAUAUUCGAUACGAAAAAGGACGGUUUGAUCGAUCGACAAGAAUUUACUAUGUGUUGGAACAAGUGGAUUAAGACUAUUAUAAGACCCGUCAACAUAUUCCUCAUUAUCGACGUUCAAAACGAUUUCAUAUCCGGUUCAUUGAACAUUAGCAAUUGCUCUGCGCAACAGAACGGAUUGGAGGUUAUCGAGCCCAUCAACCAUCUGUUGGACACUGUGAAUUUCGAUUCUGUAUUUUAUUCGUUCGACUGGCACCCAAUCGAUCACAUAUCGUUCAUCGAGAACUUGUCUUUGCGCCCACUAGACUCGUCGUCCCCGAUCAAAGCCAACAACGCACAGUUAUACGACACCGUGGUCUUCGAGGGAUCGCCGAAGAUAAAACAACGUUUGUGGCCAAAACACUGUGUCCAAGACUCGUGGGGUGCUCAGCUCUAUAAAGACUUGAAGGUGGUGGACAACGCAGUGAAAAUAUAUAAAGGAACGAUAUCGGACGUGGAUUCGUAUUCGGUGUUUUGGGACAACAAAAAAUUGACUCAGACCACAUUAGGCACACAGUUGGCUCAGUUGAACGCGACCGACAUUUACGUGUGCGGGUUGGCGUACGACGUUUGCGUCGGCGCGACCGUAGCGGAUGCAUUGUCCAUCGGAUACCGAACGAUAUUAAUCGAUGACUGUUGCCGCGGCGUCGAUUUGAGCGACAUUGAAAAAACCAAAAACAAUGUUGUCAAAAAUCACGGUGUCAUUGUUCAGUCAAACGAGAUAAAAACAAUGGUUGAAGGACGUGACAGGAGGCCUGAGCUGGGUUAUAAAUUGGCACUCGAAAUCGAAAAGUCUAUGGAGAAAGAAAAUUAUAAAUAG